AUGUCUACCUUCAAUUUUGACGAACCAAUUGUAUCAUCACCAAUUAAUGUCGAAUCACUCAACUUUUCUAUCACACCACAAAAAGGAUUUGAAAUAACAAAAAGAUCCUGUACCAAUGUUUUAAAAUUAUUUCAGGAUGCAAACAAUCAUAGAGAUCUUUUUGAAGAGGGCAUAAGCGUUGUUAUAAUCGGAAAAGAUGUACUGAAUGGAAUUCAACAGACCAUUAAUCAAUUACCUAAUUCCGGUCUUAAAGUUUAUGUUGAAGAAUCUUCAGCUUUUCAAAAUUAUGAUGGUUGUUUAUCGAAUAUCAUAACUUUUGUCGAUCAAAUGGAGUCUUUUAAUAUUUUUGAGGUUCGACAAGAAAUUUCAAAGCUAAUAAGUGAAUUAGAAACCUAUACAAAUGAAUUAAGCGAAUUAUUUGAAGAUUGGAAAUCCAAAUAUACAGGAUGGAAUGGAAAGAUUAGAAACAAAAUUAAAGUACUUGCGAAAGUUGUGACAUUAAAGAAAUCACUAUCGUCCUCUGAAAAAGAAAUGAAAUAUUGUGAAAUACCUUCAAAUCAUAUUGAUCUUAUAAAUCCACCCGUUGUUAUGGGUAAUAAAAAUCAUAUUAAAAAGGGAACGUAUGCUUAUCAUCAUUCCGUUGCUGUAAAGUUUGUUGGAAAAUUUGAAAGAGAUGAUCCAAAACUUCUUGAAUUGAAAAAAGAAAUUAGUUUUAUAAAGGAGAUUAGUAAUUGCGAAAAUAUUCUUAAAGUCGUAAUUUCACGAUGGGGCGAAUACAAACUUCAAGACUACCUGUCUGAACAUAUAAAUUUGGAAUGGGCUCAAAAAUUGCCAAUUGCACGAGGAAUCGCCAACGGGCUAAACUAUAUUCAUAAAAAAAAAAUCUUGCAUUAUGAUAUUACAAGAUUCGAGUCUGAUUCUCCGAUCGCAUUAAAAUCGAUAAAUGAGCAACGAGAUCCCAGAUGGGCCCCUCCAGAACAUUUUCAACAGCGAGCCUAUACACGACAUAGCGAAAUUUAUAGCUUUGCCAUCGUAUUAUGGGAAAUAGCGAGUCAGAAAACUCCAUUUGAAGAGAAAGCUCUAGAUGAUCUCAAAUCAUUAGUUCUCGCUGGAGCACGUCCUCAACCAGUAUCGACUAGAGGUACACCAGUCGCAUAUCAAAAAAUGAUGGAAAAAGCGUGGGACCUAGAUCCUAAACAACGUCCAACCAUUGAAGAAAUGCUUAAGACGUUAAACGAAUUGGAUUCCGCGGAAUUUCUUGGUCGUACCAUACCUAAAAUAGGUGACAAAGAAAACGUCAACAACGGCGACUGUAAUAAUAAUAAAGAUGAUGAUGCCACGUCAAUACAUACAGAUAAUUCAAUAGAAUAUAUCUCAUCGGCCGGAUUAACUAUUAGCGCAGAAUUGAGCAAACGCAAGGGAUUGAAAAAAUUAAAUCCUUUCCUUGUUGAUUUAGAUUUUGAAAAAGCAAUUAAAUUACAUCAAGAAAGACAAUAUAAAAAGGCAUGGAAAAUCUUUAAAGAAAUUGAGAAGGUAACCGAGACUCCAGAAGUAAGGUUUUGGGUCGGAUAUUAUUAUCUAAGAGGUUUUUAUAAAGGACGUAAUCGGAAACCAAAUGCAAGAGCAAGUAUUAAAUAUUUAUCUAAAGCAGCAAAUGAUGGUCAACUUGACGCUCAAUAUUGGUACGCAUAUGCAAUAUUAAAUUAUAGGGUAUCAGCUGAAGAACAUAGUAGGGAGCAUUAUAAAAUUGCAAUCGAAUAUUUACGUAAGGCUGCAAAACAAAAUUACCCUUCCGCGUUGAAAGAUUUAGGAAUGAUUACAAAGUAUGGAAGAUAUGGUUGCGCGCAUGAUGUUGAAAAAGGAAAAGCUAUGAUUCGACAGGCUAAUUCUUUGAGCGUACAUUCUUCCCGAGAUGGGUUAUCAUUUGAAAUCAACGAUUCAUCCCGCCAACGUACAGCCAUAUAA